AUGGAUGAAGAGUUUGUAUCAAUAAUGCAAAAUAUAAAAGCGGCUUAUCAUGCAUUAGAGCAACCACAAGAAAAAAGUAAAGUGCAGCGGUUGAUAAGAGACCUUGCUGGUCUAUCUCUAACAGAUGAGCAAAGAGUUCAGCGGAACGAACUUGCAAAAGCAUUGCUUUUCAAGCUAAAAUACAGUGGGUUAUUUGGACUCAGGGCCAAUGAUUCAAACGUUUCUAGACUGGAAGAAAAAUGUGAAAGCGGAGAUAACCAAGUUAGCGGGAGGCAACAUUUGUGUGAUUUGGAGAUAACACAAGAGGCUAAAUAUGGUAGUGGAAGGUAUGCGCCAGUGCCCAGUAAAGCCAGACGAUCCCAGCUACGGGAUAAUUAUCGAAAGAAAGAAGUGAAACGCAAGAAAAAUGAUCAACUCUACAGGAGAAAUAUGAAGCUUAGAACUAGUAAUUUUCUACCGCAUCGCGAAAUGAGUCUGAGAUCUCAGAGGGAACGUGUAGAAGAACUGAGAAACAGCGCCACUGAUACCGAUACGGUGAACCGUGCAGACGAGUGUGGAGAUGGUGAGACGGAUUUUGCUGGUGAAAAAGUCAACAAUGUGUCUGGACAGAGGCAGAGACUCAGUUUGAAUGAGCAGCUUAAAGAAGUGUGGAGCAGGAAUGCCGGUCAGAAGUUAAAAGCGAGAGAAUAUGGGUGUCCGGAGAGCAAAGUGGAGGAGUUGCAACAGCGGGCUCAAAUGGCAGAGGCGGAUUUCUACGAACACUUGGUGGAAGUGCGACGGGAGAGUGAAAUUGAAUUGGCCAAAACGAUCACUCGAAAGAAUGCGGAGCUCAAAGCCCUUCAGGAGGAGACGGAAUGCAAGCAUCGGGAGAUGAAGCAAUCAGUGGAUAUGCUGGAAAGGCAAUUAGCAGCAGCCAUAGAAAACGCAGAUCAAGUCCGGAGACAGUGUGAAGAACAGUCGAAACAGAUGCAAGCCUCAAUAAACGCUCAACUGGAAAAGUUGUUCCAAGAGAACGCUGAGCAUAGUGAGCAUUUGGAUCAAAAGCAUGCGGAAGAAAUACAUCAACUCAAAACGGCACACGAUUCAGACCUGUUACGUUUGAAGGAACAAACAGCAACGGUUGAGAAACUGAGGGCAGAUUUGAAUGAACAGGCCAGACACGUUAAACAAAUGGAAAUACUCUGUGCUGAAUUGACGGAAGAACGGAACAAUGCACUCGAACAGCGUCAACUGAUGGAACACGAAUUAAACGAGAGAACGGAGCGUAUCGUCGAAAUGCAGAAUGAGCUAAAUGAAACAAGCCUAAGGCUAAGGAACCUAGAGGUGGAACAUGACCGGUGCUUACGACAACAGACGGACGCAAUUAUGCACAUGCAACAUGAAACGGUGAAACAAAUGUCCAAAACCCAACAGAAUUGCACAGAUGCACUCAACGCUUUGAACACAAUGAUUGGACAACUGACAGCGGAGGUACUUGCAAGGAAAUUUUCCCAUAUCCUUUAUGAAUAUCCAGAUCAAACGAGAUUCUUUACGAGUAAACUGCGUCUUUCGGACACAUACAGUGAAAGAGACUGUAUACAGAAAUUCUACAUCUCUUGGUGCCGAAUGUUGAUUCAGACUGAAGCCGUUAAUGAUAGUUCCCAUUAG